AUGAUGCUGCCGAGACACGUGCCAUUGAGUCUUUUGAGGCGAACCAAACCGUCGCUGCGACGCCCCUACAGCUCUGGCCAUGCCAUCAGAGAACAUGAUGUGAUUAUCCUACGCCAACGAGGGACCAAGGAGCCCAAAUUUCACCUCUCGCCCCCUCUGCGAACCGACACAGUGAUCAAACUCUCUUACGGCAGUAAAGUCAACGGCUCCGACAUCAUUGGCAAGACCUUUUCCGACUCGAUCAAGGACAGCAGCGGCCGCAAUGUGCGAUUCCUCGAGGCGUCCCUUGGGCAAUACGUCGCCAACUCCCCGCGCGUGGCGACACCGAUCUAUCCCCAGGACGCCAACCUCAUCGUGUCCUUCCUCGAUCUUAACCUCCCGGUGCCCGGUGAGGACCCGGACUUUGACGCCGGCCCGCCCGUCGAGAUCUUCGAGGCCGGCACGGGCAUGGGUGCCCUGACGCUGCAUAUUGCGCGGGCGAUCCACGGCGCGAACCCGCCCCUGCCGCCUCGCCUGCGCGACGCAUUAUGCACCGCUCCGUACGCUAGACACACCUUACGGAAGGAAAUCGCGUCAGACGAGGUGGAGGAGGAGGAGGCGCACAAGGCUGUGCCGCACUCCAUCGAUAUAGAAGACCCGGAGCUUGCGGCGCUUUACAAGGAGCAUCUGAAGAAUCGCCGGGUGAUCCUACACACGCUGGACGUCAACCCGACGUCGAGCAGAAUGGCUCAUGGCCUCGUGAGGCACUUCAAGAGGGGCCUGUACAUCUCCGACGUCGACUUUCACGUCUGCACGAUCCGAUCGUACCUCUCAUCACGUCUAUCUCAGAAUGACGGCGAGGCGUUCCUCUCGCACGUGAUCCUCGACCUCCCCGCGUCACAGGACUACGCGGACAUCGCCGUCAAGGCCCUCCAACCCGACGGAAAGGUCAUCAUCUUCUUCCCGUCCAUCACGCAGAUCCUCGACUUUGUGGUAUGGGCCAAGGACACAGAGCAGCCACUGGUGUUGGACCGCGUCGUGGAGCUGCAGACCUCGACGUCAGGCGAUGACAUGUUCCAGGAUGGCACGGGCGGCCGAAACUGGGACGUCAAGGUUGUGAACAUUCGCAAGGCGAUCGAGAAGGGCGAGACAGGUGCGGCGGCGAGGGGAAUUGUUUGCCGGCCCAAGGUCGGGUCGCGGAUUGUUGGCGGCGGCUUCGUUGCAGUCUUCAGCAAGUUGCUUCUGACGGCGGCCCAGCCGAAGCAGAAUCCGGAUGAGAUUGCGUCUGUCACAGAGACUGAGGUCCUGCUUGAGAAGGAAGCGCCACCAAGCUCAUAG